UUCAGUUGGUUCCUCAAGAAGUAGAAGAAGAAGGUCAUCCACCGAAGAAGAAGAAUAAAACAAGCAUGGCUGGAAACAUAAGCAACACCACUGCACCGAUAACUAGUUCUCUGUCUAAAUUACAGUCUCUGAACGGACUGUUCGCAAUUUAUAAAAAACAAGGACCGACAUCUGCAGACGUCCUGAAUACACUGAAAGAAGCUUUACUCAAGGAGGCUGGUGUGCAGAACCCAAACCCGCGAAAGAGGAGGAAGCAGAGUCUGAAGAUGGGGCACGGAGGGACGCUGGACAGCGCUGCCAGCGGGGUGUUGGUUGUUGGUGUUGGGAAUGGUACAAAAAUGCUCAGUACCAUGUUGGCUGGUUCUAAGAAAUAUGUUGCUGUGGGGGAACUGGGAAAAGCAACAGAUACUCUGGAUGCCACUGGCAGUGUGACUCUGGAAAAAGACUUUGAACACAUCACCAGGUUGGACAUCGAGGAGAAGCUGAAAAAUUUUGUUGGUGAUAUUAUGCAAGUCCCUCCACUUUACUCUGCACUGAAAAAAGACGGCCAGCGUCUGUCUGUCCUGCUGAAGAAAGGUCACAAGGUCGAGGCUAAACCUGCCAGAGCGGUGACGGUGUACAACCUGACCCUGCAAGAGUUCAAACCUCCUGUCUUCACUCUGGAUAUUGAAUGCGGUGGAGGAUUUUAUGUCAGAAGCUUGGUUGAUGAUCUGGGAAAAGCUCUGUCGUCAUGUGCUCAUGUCAAAGAGCUGACCCGUACCAAGCAGGGUCAGUUCACCCUGGAGGAGCACGCCUUACACGAGGAGCACUGGACACUGGAACAUAUCCUCACAUCUCUGCAGCCCUGCUCAGGAUCAGAGGCGGGGGGUCAGGACUGUACCAAACCACCAGAGGCGGACACCUGAGGAACACGGGAGCCGAACUGAGAGUAAAACAUGUGGGCUUGCUGUCGGUGUCAUGGUGUGUCAUGACUCACUGGAUUAGCUUUUUUGCAAUGAAGAGAACAAUCAGGCCUUAAUGUGUCCGCUUCCUCCUGGAUAUUAAAGGUGUUUGUUCCACAGAUGGAAGAUUUAGCAUCGGAGACAAAAAAAUAUCAAAACAACAGCUAUCUCGGGUCUUGUGAUAUCUAGCUCACAUUCCUGUGUUUCACUUGCAAUUUAUGAUGUAGUUCAAUUUCUGUGUUUGAAAAUGGCAACACCCACUCCACCCUCCACCCUCCACCCUCAGCAUCUGUCUCCACCUGCUCAUAUCCAGUAUACAGUACAUACCUGUCCCAACAAAAUUCCACUGUAUUCUGUGAUAGGGAACAUUGACGACACAUAACAUGAUUCAUAAGAUGAAACAGAUUGACAUGGUAAACAAAAAAAAAACAUUUCAUGCUGCAGGAUUUCGAAAUAUUUGUGACAAUUUAUUUUUGUCUAUUGAAAUAGAUUUUUUUUUUUUUUUUGCAACUACAAUUCUGGGGAAUCUUUAAGAUCAGCAAAAAUAUUGACUUCAUUUAUAUUGUGAUAUUCUGUAUAUCAAUAUUGACCAUGAGUAGAAGUAUUGUGAUUGAAUUUUGCCAUGUCAUACAGGUUUGGUCUGGACGUUAUCUUCAUUCAGGUGGUUUCACCAGUAAUUCCACCUUCUGUAGAUGUGCUAGACAAUACACUUAAAUAUAUUAUAUGAGUCAUUUUACCUGGAGAUUAAUUUUUAGAAACAGUGCUCUUAAAGAAAUUUCACGUGGGUGAAAGCAAUUUCUGUUCUUCCAAUGUAGUGCAACUGUUUUUUUUUUUUUUUUUUUUGAAGACUGAUGUGCUCUGCAAGUGUUUUUGUGUACGCAGCAUGUCUAAUUUAAUUAUGUCUGCAUUUGCAGAUUAAAUAAAUAUUCAAGUGGAACU